AUGAGUGUUCGGGUUGUUGCACGUGUUCGGCCGCUCCUCAAGUCGGAGCGCGACCUGGAUAUCAUUCUUCGUACUGGUCCAUCUGCUCAGAGCGUCGACAAAAAGGCUAGCGCACAAGAGAAGGGAUCAUUAGCAGCAUUGAGGGAUAGGGAUACUGUAGUACGGAUUCCCAAUCCCAAGAAUGAGAGCGAAGAAUACUCCUUCCAGUUCAAUGCCGUCUACGAGGCAGAAGCGACACAGCAGGAGCUAUACGAGGCAGAGGUCGCACCAACCGUUAAACACCUCUUCAACGGGUUCGAUGUCACACUCUUCGCAUACGGAGUCACAGGAACGGGAAAGACGCAUACUAUGCGAGGCGGUAAAAGCCUAGUCGACAGAGGCGUCAUCCCUCGUCUCCUCAGUAGCAUAUACAGGCGCAGCCGAAAGAUGGAGAAAGAAAGCAACGGUGAGACUGCCGUCAAGGUCUCUUUGAGUUACUACGAGAUCUACAACGACAAGGUGUUCGACUUGUUCGAGCCCCCAGAAAAAAGAACAUUGGCAGGCCUACCCCUCCGUGAUAACGGAGGCAAGACCGUAGUCGUCGGCCUGACGGAGAGGCCAUGUCACAAUCUGAAGGAGUUCGAAAGUUUGUAUGACCAGGCGAAUAUCAACAGAUCGACGUCUGCGACCAAGCUAAACGCCCACUCAUCACGCUCUCACGCUAUCCUCUGCGUGCGCGUGGCAGUCAGCACUGGAGACAAAACCUGCAUCAGCACCGCAUCAGCCAUUGACCUUGCCGGCUCGGAGGACAAUCGUCGGACGGACAAUGACAAGGAGCGCAUGGUAGAAUCCGCCAGUAUCAACAAGAGUCUGUUUGUCCUGGCCCAGUGUGUAGAAGCGAUCAGCAAGAAACACUCCAGAAUCCCAUACCGCGAAUCGAAGAUGACCCGGAUUCUCUCGCUGGGCCAAAAUAACGGGCUAACCGUCAUGAUCUUAAACCUCGCUCCUGUUAAAUCCUAUCACCUGGACACAAUCAGUUCCCUCAAUUUCGCCAACCGAACGAAGAAGAUCGAAGUGCGCGAGGUAGAGAAUGAGCCUAUUUUCAAAGGACCUCCCAGACCCGUGGCACGACCCUCGACCAUUGGCACACUUCGCCAACCCUUGCGGCCGCUGACUGCCUCUGUGAAUGUCAACCUGACCGCAACAGCUACCAAAGACGCUGCAAACCCCGAGAAGCCCCUGAAAGCAUUCCACGUUUACUCCGACAAGUCACAACCCCGCUACUCCACUCAGUUCAAGAAGCCCGAAAUACCCAAACGGACCUCUCUAAGCGCCGACACCACCGCCCGACUCUCAAAGCAGCCUACACGCCCCGUAUAUGCCACGCACCAGCAGGCCCCGAAGCAGUUCGAGGACUUCUCGGCCGCCAAGAUUGAGGAGAUGGUCGAGAAGAAAGUGGAGGAAAUCCUCGCCGUGCGAGCCGUCAGCGAACAGUCGCGACAGACGCAGGUCCGCGAGCUCAACGAGCAAGUACAACGCCGCCUGGAGCUUCUCGAGCAGCGCAUCGAGGGGACGGAAGAUGCAAGAGCAGAGGGCUUAUCCUACCUCCUGAUGGCCAAACAGCACCAAGGCCGCGGCGAGGACAGCUUUGCCCUCAAGAUGUACCAACUCGCGCUCCCAUUCUUCCCCAACAACGAGAAGCUCACCCGGAAGAUCGCCACGCUGAAGGAGCGUAUCCACGGCAAAUCCCACUCGGAAGCCCCCGGUGCCGUCGACACCACCGGCACCAUCAACUCUCACCCCAGCUCAGGAGCAGGAGCAGGAGGAAACAAGCGAGACUUCGGCAGCAUGCUCUCUCUCAAAAAGCAACAACCCACCGCCAAACCAGCCCCCAAACGCCACAACGCCGACGACUCCGACGACGCAGACUAUGAGCCCGUCGUAGUCACCACGCACAAGGCCACGAACGACGAGGACUUCGAAGAAAUCGAGCUCGACCUCGAGGAAAUCGCCCAUUCCCGCCGGCGGAAGCGCACCCGCACCAAAACCCCCACCGACAUCGUCGAGGAACUGGAGGCCCCCUCCCCACGAACCAUCCACCUCCUCUCCAUCAUCAACUCGCGCGACGUAAGCCAGAUCCGGCUCCUCAAGGGUGUGGGCGCCAAGAAAGCCGAGGCCAUCGUCGACUGUCUCUGCGAAAUGGACCAGCAUCUGGAAGGCCAGCCAGAGGCCGAACACGAAGAAGCCCAGGUCCACAUCCACAGUCUCGCAGAGUUGAGCAAGUUGAAGGGGGUAGGGAUGAAGAGUGUGCAAAGCAUGCGUAAUGGCGUUUUGGUAUAAUUGUCUGCAUUCCUUUUUGUUUUGCAGAAAGCGAGCUUUGCGAGGUGGCACUCAUGUCAAGCUUUGUUGGCAGUCUGUUCUUCGUUCCGUUUAGAAUUUUGGAUACUGGUUGAUGUCCGUGUUUCUGCAGCAUUUUCUUCUUGUUUCUUGAUUUGUUGCGACUGUGAAUAUGCAUGGGUGGUGUGAACCACUACUUGAU